AUGGACCCAAACAUUUUCAAUGUUGAUAAUAACAACAGUGAAAACGUUGAUUACAAUAGUGAAACUGAUGAUUACAACGGUGAAAAUGUCGUUAACAACAUUGAAGACGGUGAUGUAAGGGCAACCUUGAAUAAUGUUUUAGGGAUCGAAGGUAAUGAAAGUUUGCUCUCUAAUGUUGGAGAAGAUGAAGAUGAAGAUUCAGAGGAUUUCAAUGGUGGUGGUCCAGACACAUACUUGGACAGCGAGGAUGAAGGGCUCAACUUGGUGCAUGUAGAGGAAGAGGUAAAUACUCCUGGUCACUUUGAGGAAUACGAAGAGGAUCCUUUGACGGAUGAAUAUGAACAUGAGCAUGAUGUGACAGAUGAAGAUGAAGCUAGAGGAGGAAUGAAUAAGGAGAGAUUUACACAUGAACAAUUUUUACAAGGUCCUAUUGAAGGGAUGACAUUUGGAAGUAAAGAUUCAAUGUCAAGGAAAGAAAAACAAAAGAAAUCGAGCAAAAGGAUUGAAUGUAAAGCUCGUGUUAAUGCUAUUAUGAUGGUUGAUGGAUCAUCAUGGCGUGUCACUAGGGUUGAAAGUGAGCAUAAUCAUGUUUUGGAUGCCAGACUAUCACGAUUUAUGCCUUCACACAGGGAAAUGAGCAGGAGGUUGAAGAGGCAGCUUGUUGCUCACGACAUUGCAGGUUUGAGACCUUCAAAGAGCAUAAGAGUCUUGGAAGUUGAAGCUGGUGGUCCUGAAAAUUUGGGAUGUACCCCCAAGGACUUGCAGAAUUACAUUUUGCGGGAGAGGAGGUUGAGAACCUUGUCCACCGUCGAAGCAAGCAAUAAACGGUUUUUUGACAUGCAGAUUAAGGAUAGGGAGUUUUUCUAUGCAGUAGACCACAAUAAUUCUGGCAGGCGACGUAACUGUGUAUGGUUUCAUACACAUUCUAAGUAUGCAUAUCUUGAAUUUUGUGAUAUGAUAUGUUUUGACACUACCUACCUUGUGAAUCAAUGGCACAUGCCGUUUGCUUCAUUCAUUCGUGUGAAUCAGCACCGGCAGUCCAUACUUCUUGGAUGUGCUUUGAUUACAAGCGAGGAUGCUAACACUAACAAAUAUGUCUUCUCUACUUGGCUUAGAGCCAUGAAUGGUGUAGCUCCAACCGCUAUUAUGACAGACCAAUGCGAGAGUAUUAAGGCAGCUAUUAGAGUAGUGAUGCCAAACGCAAUCCACAGGUAUUGUAUUUGGCACAUUUUCACAAAGUUGCCUUUCAGGCUAAAGCGAGUUCAUAAUGCUAAAAUCGCCAAGAGGGAAUUUAAAGCAGUAAUCUUUGAUAGCAUUACUAUUGAUGAAUUUUUUGGAAAAUGGGAGGCAUUUAUUCAAAAAUAUGAGUUACAAAACAGAAGAUGGUUCUCUAAUUUGUUUUUGGAAAGGGAGAAGUGGGUUCCUGUAUACCUAAAGCACUAUUUUUGGGCUGGUAUGCUGUCCACACAAAGGUGUGAGGGUAUGCAUGCUUUCUUUGAUGGCUAUAUCAGUGGUUCUAGCACACUAAAGCAGUUUGUUGAGGAAUACGAGAUAGCCUUGAGAGUAAAGUUUGAUAAAGAGUUAACUUCUGAAUAUAAUUCUAGGUAUACAGAAGCAAAAGUUUCCUCUGGAUUCAUGUGGGAGGAACAAAUACAAACUCAUUACACUCGUACAAUAUAUGAUCUUUUCAUGGACCAGUUAGCGAAAAAGUAUCACUGUGAAAUAAGCAAUCAUGAAGAUGCUGAAGUGGUGGAAGGUGUGGAGAAGUUCGACGUUGCAGAUUAUUCAAUUAAGAAUGAUUUUCAUGGCAAUGUAUUUGUGUUCUUGGUGGAAUACAGAACAAACGGUGAAUAUUUGGAAUGCAAUUGCAAACACUUUGAAUCUACUUAUAUUUUGUGUUGCCAUAUACUAGAAGUUAUGUCAAGAAAGAGGAUUGACAUAAUCCCUGAUAGGUAUAUAAUUAGAAGGUGGAGAAGAGAUGUCGUUCGUCCACACUUGAGGAAAUUCUUUCCUGGUAGCUACUUAACCAUGACUGAUGAGUUCAAAAGAUAUUAUAUGUUGAAGAAAUGGUUUGAUAGGGUCUGCGAUGUUGCAUUGGAUAGUGAAGUGAAAAUCAGAGACUUUAAAAAUGUAAUGAAAGCCAGAUUGACUGCCUAUUUAGAUUGGGAUGAUGAUAUGCUGGUGCCAGACGUUGGGGGAGAUGAUUCAUACGAUGAUAAUUUCACAUACAUAAGAAACACAAGAGAGACUCGUCCAUGUGGAAGGCCACCAAUUAACAGACGUAGAGGAGGACGUGAAAACGUCUUUAGGCAAGGGGAUGGACCAGGGUACAGGGCUAGAUGUGCACCUAAUGCCAAUGAAAAUAAUGAGAAUGGAGGUGAUCAUGAUAAUGCAGUUGAUAAUAAUGGUGGUACAUGUUAUACCCUAUUUUAA